GUAUAUUGUUGACCAAGCCAAAAAACUGGUCCAGCACAACACUGAGGCUUUGAGAUUUUCCAGAAGGUUUCUAGAAAACCUUCAACCAAUGCCCAGUUGAAGUUCACCCUUUUCGUCUUUGAUUAUGAUUUUUGAGGUGUCCUGAGCAGUUCCUAAAAGGUUCCUCGAGUCAACAUGAGAUUUGUGCGAGAUAUGAGAAUUUUAAUUUUUGCUAGUAACAGGCGAAAAACUGGUUUUUUACAAAAAUGCCUCUGGCGAAGUUAUUUUCAUUUCUACACAAAAACAAAUAUUGUCACUAUGCUCAGCGUAGUCGAUCACCUAUACUCCAUGGCAUUUCGAGAUUCCCAGAGAUGUUUACUCUGAGAUAGAAAGCGAGCCUUGUCCAAACGACGAUAGCUGGAGAGCUGGGACUUGCAUAAUUUUGUAGAGUAACGUCCGAACUACCUACGCAUGCAAAAAAAUUGCUAACAUUGUAUGUUAGUUUUCUGAGAACGGAGCUGGUUUUCCAAAGAUCCUCUGGAAAAUCGGACUUCCAGAAAUUUUGAAACAAGUUUCUGCUUACAGAAGCAUGCCUUAAGGUAUUAGCAACAUGAUGGUAAAAGCCGCAUGUCUCGAUCUCAUUCCUGUCGGAAGUUAUUCAAAACACAACGGAGUGCGUUCUAUUUUGGUACAGACAGUAGUAACUGCAGGAAUGUUUCAUAGACUAACCGUAUCGUUUAAGAAUUUCUUUAAAUUUGAAUAUACAUAUGUAUUUUAUACCAAGCCUCUUGUUUAAAGUGCCAAUGCUUAACAUCAUGAUUCAGCUGAUUCUUUCUAUUUUGUCCUUUUUCAAAAAAGAACAAAUAAAAUUUCUAAUAAUGCUGAUACCCCCAUUCAAACAGGAGACUAUGAUCUUGUAUUGCGUAGAGGCCGUUCUAUUUUGGUACAGACAGUAGUUAGAGAAAGAAAAUUUACUGCAACAGAAGAAUGCCCUUUAAGACUAGACUGACCGAAAAGAAUAGAAAACUACAGUCAGGAGACCCAAGCAAACAUCACCUAUGGGACACAUCUGGAUGCAUUUCGUCUGAAAUCAGUCGAUACGACUAUUUGCCGUCCAGAUUACUAGUUGAAAUGGGAACUUUUAACUAGACGUGUGUGCAUGUGUAACUAGCAAUAGCUAAAUCGAUCGAUUAUGGAGCGAUAAAUCGAUUGUCGCAACUCAGCAGAAAUCUAACAACCGCCCGAUUACUCGAUGUUCACUGUCGUUAGCAAAUAACUGCAAUCGAGUAAAAAUCCAGUAAUCUGUAUGAAUCGGGCGAUACUAAAAUUUUUUUAUGCUUGUGAGUUAAUGGUAUUCAUAUACAAUCAAGCAGCUGUUUUUUACAAGGGUUCAAGAAAAUCUCUCUUGAAAAACAUUUAUUUCAUACCUAAAUGUGGUUAUGAACACUUCGCCUACGUAGACAACUCAGAUAUAUGUUUAGUCCACAGCAAGCCUUCACUACUUAUCCUUUCUGUUUAUUUUAGUGUCUCACACUUGUUUUUUCGCUCUUGAUUUACCGCCCUACUCAACAGAAGAGAUUAUGUACGAACGUUUAAAUUAUGCAAUCACGCAUUGUUCAAGCAUUGAUGCUGAUUAUACAUUUAAUGAAGCUGAUGAUAAUACAACAACGCAGAAUGAUCCAAACGAAGAAGAAGAUAUAUCAUCAACAUCAAUCUUAACUGAAUAA